GAUUAGCCAUUUAGAUUGUCUUAAAUGUAUGUAUGUAUGAGGAUCAUCUGAAUUGGUUCUGGGUUAUUCAUUAUACAAUAUACUUCCUAAGACAAUCAUAUUUGGCUUAUAUGGUGAAGAUAAGGUCGAUGGCUUUAAUAUGCUGCAGGAUUUUGAUGACGCCAAAGCUUCUGUAGAAAUGGAGCCAAAACCUGCCAGCGUGUAGCGACAACCCUCCAAAAGCCGCCAUUAGAGACGCAUGGUAUCCACCGACUUACCAUCUUCAUCCCGAUGACAGGUUUUACUCUAAACGCUUCAUCUUGAGAAAUGUGCUGCAAAUUUUGGUAUGUUCUUUUGAGUAUAUUCUUGUAUCAUUGAAGCUUGGUUACUUGCCACUGCAACCCUCUCAGAUAAGCAACAUUCAUUCACAUGUCACAAUCAUGUCUCCUACCCAACCGCUUCAUUUUUUUUCCUUUCUUUUUUUUUUUUUUUCUCCCUUAAUCUCUCGUUUGUUGAGAACAUGAAAAGUAUAAAGCUUUUCGACGUGUUUUAUUUUUCCAAUACUGUUGAAGCUGAACUUUAUUAUCAUCCGGUUCACUGCUCCAUAGGCACUGUUUCCCAAGGACAAUCUCCUCUCUCUCUCUCUCUCUCUCUCCCCGAAGCCCAAAAGUUCGAAAAUUUUUAGAGGCCAAGUAAGAAAAAGGCUUCUUGUGUUCCACCUUCUUUACACCACCACCGAGAGAGCUUACGAACUGGCCUCAGAAAUUGAUGAAGCUGACUGUUUACGAAGGCAGCUACAAUGGCAGAAAACCAAAAACGCCCUCUUGGGCAUGGAUUGGAAGUAGAUGAUUCACGCCAUGAGAAGGCUUUAAGAGCAUUUGAUCAAAAUGGGGUUACGAGAAACUCAUCAAAAGACGGUCCCAGUUGGAGAGUUGAACCUUGUGAAGUUGAGAAGAUCAGUAGAAGACUGAGCCUUCUUGAAGAAGAUACUAGAGCUAUGAAGAAAGCUUUGUUUGAGAGUUUGGAGGAAAGAAGAAAUCUGGUGUAUGAGAUAAACCAGCAAUUUCAGAGCAUAAGCAAACACCAUCAACUCUGUAACGAGGUAGCUGAAGAUCAUGAUGAGACACUCCAACUCCCUGAGGAAUGGAGACGUGGUGCUGGCCUAUCACAAAUCUUUCACCACCAACCAAAUAUAUCUCUCGUCUUCAAACAUUUCAAACCAAAUUUGUUGGCAUUCUCUGAUUAUCUUCCAAGAGAAAAAUGAUCUAUUUGGAGAGACUCAAGAAUGUAAGUAUUGGGAGUUCGUACUUUAACCAAUUGAGCUAUAUUUAUAUGGGCUAUUAGAGAAAUGAAUUCUUCAUAUUUGAUAU